AACAGUUUGCUCAUUAGCCCUUCCUCCGUCGAUCCCGUAGAAUACCACCGACCCAGAAGUCAUCUUCAAGCUAGCUCUCUGCGUGGUCGUCGAUGAUCUCAUGAAGGUCUCCGUUUACCCUGACCAGCUAAAGGGGAAAAUCAUGGAUACCCGUGUCAAGGCUAUGUUGGAUGUCUGCGCCACCGUGAUUGACGACGAGCUGGAUCGACUCAAUGAGUCGGUUUCCACAAUGGAAGUUGGCAAGGGGGAGAAGCUGCUAUCGACUUUGAAGAUCGACACUUUGAAGACAUGGCUCAGCGCUUCCAUUACCGAUCAAGAAACCUGCUUUGAUGCCUUGGACAAAUUGAACGGGACAGAGCACUUGGCGAUUCAUGACGAAUUAAAAAUGACGAUGCAGAAUUCCACCGAAUUUGCAAGUAAUAGUCUGGCAAUUGUCACUAAAAUCUUAAGCCUACUGGCGGAUUUCAACAUCCCAAUUCACAGGAAGUUACCCAGAGUCCAAGAAACAGAGUCGGACUUUCCGAGUUGGGACAGAUCCGGUAAGUACAAAACAAUCAGAGAGGCGGUGGCGGCAGUGCCGAAUAAGAGCAAGGCUAGAUUUAUUAUAAAGGUGAAGGCAAGGACGUAUAAGGAGAAUGUGAAUCUAGACAAGAGCAAGUGGAAUGUGAUAAUGUUUGGGGAAGGAAAAACAAAAACCAUCAUUACCGGCAAGCUAAAUUUCAUUGACGGAACUCCUACCUUUUCCACUGCUACCUUCGGUAAGUCCAGUCCCCUCCUUAGUCCUCACUUAAUAAUUUUGGGGAAGAAAAAGAAGAUCACAUGGGAUAUGGAUGUUGGCAUGUGAAAUUGUUUAUGAUUCAUGAUGCUCAUAUGUGGUUUUCUUUUCUUUUCUUUUCUUUUUAUCUGGGUUUGUUGUUUGAAUGAAAAUGGUGACUCUGA